AUGUCGGCUGCAAAGUUUCGUGUGAGCUGCUCCACCUUGGGCUGGGCAAUGCGAAUGAUCAAAUCGUUCUCAGUGAAUCCCUACUUUGUGUUCCUCGCUCAGUUCCGGAGUAAUCUUCAAAAACGCGGCAUUCACCAGCUGAAACCGACCUCCAUAGUGAAAAUAGCUGGGAGGAAGUGGAGGGAAAUGACGCAUAACCAGAAGUCUGUCUUUAUUGAGAUAGCAAAGAUAAAUGCUGCCAGGAUUAAAAAGCGUGCCCGCCCCAGUGUCUCCGUUGGAGGAGUGAGGCGAUGCCGAAUCAAAAGGGUUCCAAGGAACCACUAACUCAGUAUAUUGGG